CAAAUCGACGUUUGUCGAAAAUAUGUCAGAGUAAAUUACAGUACCCACAUUUUAUAUUAAUUUUCAAAACGCCAUUGCGUUACUUUAACCCAGUUUUCGAAGCUGCGACCCGGUUGUACAGCAAAUGUAAUUUCGGUAUAUUAAUUCCCGCGUUCGCGUAACUACCUUCCGCACGAUUUGCAAUGUACUCGAGCAGUGACGUCAUUAAGGUACCAGGCGGUGAGGCGCUCCGAAGCCUCAAUGAUAGGAUCCCCGAUGUAGGUUAAAUGCGAAGUGUCUAGGCUGCCACGCAUGGCUAUAACAAUGGAGCUGGAAGAGAGCGUCUCGGACUCGAAGCUGCAUAAAGAUAGUACAGCUAAAAAGGAACUACGACCGACGAGCGCUGUCUCUCUUUGCAAGUCUGAAAAUGGGGCAGAAACGACGACAUCAGCCGAGCAGCUAAAACAGUACCGAAGCUGGGUAUCCAACGAGCGAUGGCAUGAACUCAAGAAGCUAGCGGACAGCGCCAUGCGAGACCGCAAGGUGUUCAUGAUCAAGGGGGGAGGGUUCCCCGCCGUGAGGAGGGCGCUUUUGGAGCGGGGCUGGUUGGAGAAAUAUGAGGCCCAUAAGGUCCGCCAUCCUCCUACGAACAUAGAUCCAAAAGGAGCUUCAAGAAAAGAGCAUUCCAAAGUUGAAAGACUGAUUCUCUACAAAUUCAUGGAGCACCAUUCAGUUGACUUUCUCUGGACGACGAAAAGGGACAAAUACGACUGGUUACUUAGCAACAAAGAGGUCAUUAUUAGCAGGUUUUGUAGGUCGCUUUUCACCACUAAAGAAGGCUUGACAGCUUCUCUAACCCAAAUGCAUUGGUACACUGAGCCAGGAGUAGCUCUGACCAAAUUUCCGCGUUGCUACAACAUCCACAACCCAGAUAGCCUUGAAGAAUUCAUAGAGGACUUUAGAAUAACCGCUUGCAUCAGCAUCCUGAAAUGGCUAUCAAACAGUUUGCAAGCCAGCGGGGAGGGCAAUCUAGUCACGAGCCACGGAAAGGUUCCAUUCUCAGCUAUAGAAUUCGCGUUAAAUCGACUGAAUGAAUACAUUGAUUUCUUCACGCAUAAAGACAUUGAUGAUAUGGAGGACCAAGCUCAACAUAUCUGGGAACACGAGUGGGACCAAUUUCUUACACAUCAUUAUUUACUCGUGCACGAAAAGGCCAAAUUUGCUGAGGACAAAAAUACUAGCAUAAGGCAACUAGAACGAAAGGCUGUGAAACUCCUAGCCACAAUGACGAAGUACUGGCCACAGAUAGACAUUGAUGGUGUACUGAACAUAUGGAUAGUAAAGCCUGGGGCGAAGUGCCGCGGCCGAGGCAUCCAGCUCAUGAACAAUAUCAAGGACAUUAUAGGCCUCAUUAAUAUUCCAACGGCCGUGAAAAGUAGAUACGUUGUGCAGAAAUAUAUAGAGAAUCCACUGGUCGUCUAUAACACCAAAUUCGAUAUAAGGCAAUGGUUCCUCAUUACCUGCUGUCAACCUUUGACGAUUUGGGUCUAUAAAGACAGUUACCUAAGGUUUAGCUCCCAAAUAUUCAGUUUAUCAAACUACCACGAGUCCGUUCAUCUCACUAAUAACGCUGUUCAGGCCAAAUACAAGAACAACGGCGAAAGAGACAAGGCCCUGCCAGACGAAAACAUGUGGGAUUGCCACACUUUCAAAGCUUACUUGAGACAGAUUGGAAAGCAUGAGUUGUGGGAUUCGAAAAUAUAUCCAGGCAUGAAGCAGUGUCUCAUCGGAGCGAUGCUGGCCUGCCAAGACUCGAUGGACAAGAGGCAGAACAGCUUUGAACUGUACGGAGCCGAUUUUAUGUUGACUGAAGACUUCACGCCGUGGCUUAUAGAGAUCAACUCUAGCCCUGACUUAGCGCCAACAACUUCGGUCACAGCGCGGCUGUGCCCUCAAUGUCUGGAAGAUGUUAUAAAAGUCGUGCUAGAUCGACGCAACAACCCUGAAGCUGAUACGGGAACAUUUGAACUAGCGUACAGGCAGUUUAUUCCCAAAGCGCCAGCAUACCUUGGCUUGUCUCUUUGUAUCAAUGGCAAAAAACUAUUGAAGAGUAAGUUGAAACAGCAUAAGUAUGAACAAAGAAGCACCACACCAAUCGUGCAGCGAAUGCCAUCUGAAGACGCACUAGUGGAAGACAAACCGAUUCCUCCGGAGUACAGCGGACCUAUCAUCACAGACUUCCUCUCCUGGCUAAAUCCUUACGACGCACUGCCCACCAACAAGGACGGCCUCCUUCUUGCAGCUAAGGACUCUUUCACGGACGCAUCGAGGAAGACGGGAAAAAAAUACAGAGUGUAAGCGGCGCGUCGUGCCCCAUUCAUGCUGCCGGCCCGAGGACACGCAGUCCGCUAAGCACGUGGGCAAAUACCGGACCGAAUCGGCCAGCAAAGCGGAGAAGCCCAAGGUUGACAGAUGCUCUGCCUGUACCCCGGAUCCAUCUCCAUACUACCUAGUCCCUUCCUUGGUCAAGAUUUAGAAAAUUACACAU